AUGGAAGUCGAAAUCCCUCCACAGAAAGAGACCAACAAUCGGGUCAUCCGAUCUUCCAAAAAGCGAAUUCGAGCAGAUGCCGAUUUGUCCGUAGACAAUGAAGAGGACCCUGAAGACACCACAUUUGGAUCACAAAGAUCGACAAGACGGUCCAAACGUACAAAGACAACUCCAACAUACAAUGACAUUGGUGACGAGGGUGAGAGGAAGAUAAGGAAGAUAUCAAAGUUGAAUGUCAGGAUUGCGGAGGGUAAGGCCCCAAAGACAGGUUCUCUUGGGCCAAAAGGCGAGGUGAGGAUAAGGGAAGAUGGGCGGAUGGAGUUCCGUGAUGUGAAUAAUCCGGAGUGGACGCUGGCCGCAUAUCACAAUGACUAUCGCCGACAAUUCCUUGACGAAGCUGCUGAGGAUGGCGAGUUUGACCACACGCCAGCUUGUGGCGAGGCUGAGCACGAUACGACGAGCUAUGAGCCUGAGCAGCAAAGCUGGGGCCCGUCUAGAGCGGACUGGCAGAAUAUUGUCGAUUCGGAAGGGGAAAGGGUGAUGUUUAAAUUUGACGAGCCAAAGAGCCGUCGCCCUCAACAAGAGCCAAGCGAUUGGAUUCCACGACGGCCUGGUCUUGCUAGACUCCAAGAACCACCCAGUGAAGGAUUGGCCUGGCUUGAACAAGACACUGUCGACGGAGAUCGAAAGUUGGCGAUGGGAGGCCUUGAUGCUCUUUUGGCUCGCAUGCCACACAUUAGAAAGAAGAAGGGGGCAGUUCUACCCCUUCAGACCCCGCAGGCUUUCACGAACCGCGCGUAUCGGUUCAGAGUUCCUAAUCAGAUCCCGGCCUCCAACCCCAAAAACGGGAGCAAGACAUACAAGGAGAGUAUACUCAAGAGUCUUGACAAGAAAGGCGCCAAGACUACAGAGGGGCUGCCAAUCCUUAAUCCAGACGAGGUUGAUAAAAUUAGAAGGGCGAAUAAGGGAAAGUUCAAGGGGAACUCUCGAUAUGUUGUCAACAAGGAUUUGAACCAGGAAACUCCAGAGACUACGCCACCCUCAACGAAGCGGAAGGCGCAUCGCGACGAUGACACCCCAUCCGAGCCCGAGCAUGACCCACCAAAAGCCAAAAGACCCUGCGCCCGAACGCUACAGAGCUUGGGAGUAGAAGUGCCAAGUCCCAACGACCUGAUUCCGGAAUCUAUCUACGAUGACACUAAUAGGGAUGCCAACGUGGACGGCGCAGAACUCUUUGACGAGCCCGCAGACACUGCUGGACUAUGGAAUGACCGCGAGCAAUGGGGCAACCCAAUAGAUACUACCGCGCCAUGGGACGACCAGAACGAAGAGGUCCUUGUCCCUCUUUUCACGAACAUUGAUGAUAAAGAAUUCGCUUUGGUCGAGGAUGCAAAUUUUACCAGUGCAUAUGCAGUGAUACAGGCACGGAAGAGUGGCAAUCAGCAGACUGGGCAAAUCGGUGUAUGCUGGUACAAGCAAAGUACUCCUCGUCACAUGGGGGCGGAUGGCAACUUGGUGGAGGAUGUCGUUGACAGUGCCUACUGGCACCAGAUCGAGGCUGAGGAACCCUUCCCCAACGACAUCCAGCCUGCAUCGCAAGUCGACAGCACCAACGAUAUUCCACCUCCUUCUACACGAAGCAACAUCCCACCAGCCUUCCACCCUCUGUUCCACGAGCCCAGCCAUGAAGGCUAUCAAGAUUUCCUGGGACAAAAUUCGUAUACUUCCCAGCCGAUGGCAAUAUCGAUCUCGCAAAUGCCGCCGCCAGUCUUCAACCAGAUUCGAGAUUACCAGCCACAGUGGGACGACUCCGACGAGGUUUGGUUUAAUCAGUAUGGCCCCACGGGUUUCUGA